CAACCACCAGUCGUCGUAAGAAUCACGGAUAUUAGAAGCCAGAAACGUAUGAUACAUCCGUUGUAUUUUGAAGGGAUCGCGUCGUUACAAAUUGACCCAUACAUUCAUUCAUACUCCAGCUUUGUACACACUGGGAUACGUGAGCAAGCAUCAAUCAUGACUUCUCAGUCGGGCUCCGAUGGGGCUUUUCGCCAGUAUCUUCCCGACCUGAACCAGCCGCGCUUUCAGAAUAUGAAGAAGCAGGAUUCUUAUGAAUAUGCUGAUAUUUUCAAGAAAGAGGGCCAACCGCCUUGGCUUCAUGGAUUGUACCUGCACUGGCGUAAUUUGUUCCAGGAGCCUUACAAGGGCGUCACAAAUGAUGGUGUCGUCAGAGAUGGUUUAUUUGAGCUGCAAGACGAUGGCAUACCCAUCGACACCAUCGUCGAGGCCGCAAAAGACCUCUGCGCCAGCCUGAGCCAGGGUCAGAAGCGCAAGACAUGCUAUCAUAUCGACAGCCCUGAAUGGCGCUCGUGGUCAAACCCCGAGUUCCUCCUCAGCGACAAAGGAAUUCGUCUCGAUGAACUCUCAAACGACCUAAGGUCCAAAACACUUAAAGUUCUGGAACUCACGCUCUCGCCAGAAGGAUACCAAAAAGCCCUUGGAGCCAUGCGUGUGAAUCACUUCCUAGGCGAACUGGUCGAGACACCCGCCAUCAUGAACGAAUUCUCCUACAAUUUCGUUCUUUUCGGUGAACCAUCGACAUCUCGGCCUUGGGGGUAUUCAUUCUACGGGCAUCAUCUAUGUCUCAACAUCUUCCUGUACAAGACCCAGAUUGUGGUGUCGCCAUGGUUCACGGGCGCGGAGCCUAAUCUUAUUGAUGAGGGACCUUACAAGGGUACAAGAAUUCUGGACAGAGAGGAAAGUCUCGGAUUGCGUCUGAUGCAGAGUCUUUCACCAGAGCUGCAACAAGCUUCGCAAUUGUAUAAACUUAUGAAGGAUCCUGCGAUGCCUCAUGGACGGUGGAAUCAUGAUGAUCAACGCCACCUCUGCGGUGCUUACCGCGAUAACAGAAUCGUUCCCUACGAGGGAAUUCUCGUGUCUGAUAUGUCAACCGAACAGCAGGACUACAUCCUCGGCAUUGCGAAUGAGUUCUUCCUGUAUUUACCAGACAAAGCGAGGAAGCUGCGCCUGGAAUUGCUGAAGAAGUGGUUCCAUGAGACGUAUUGGUGCUGGAUUGGAGGCUUCGGUGAUAAUGACCCUUUUUACUAUCGGAUCCAAAGCCCAGUGGUUAUUUUUGAGUUUGAUCACCAUUCAGGUGUUUUCCUGAAUAAUGAGGAACCGGCAAAGUUUCACAUUCAUACGCUUAUGAGGACGCCGAAUGGAGGGGACUAUGGUAUGGCGCUGAGGCCGUUGAUACCGGGGAUUAAGCAGGAGUUUCUCUGGGAGGGGUAGUCAUUCAAGAUGGGGAUGCCUCAAAGGCGAGUUGCCAGAUCUCAUGGGAGUAGAAAGGUUCAACAUGGCGUGACUUGGGCGAGCUGAGACUGGGGAAUGUGACCUGAUUCUGAGACAUGCAAUAUGCAGCUGUCGGCAUUUGUAUGUGUAGUAUAAUCUACUAUGGCUGUUCGAACAAUGAACAUGAUGUUGAGCGGGGUCUUUGCAA